AUGGAAGUCGAGAUCUUUGAUGUGUGGGGGAUAGACUUCAUGGGCCCCUUCGUGAGCUCUUAUGGCAUGACAUAUAUCUUGGUGGCUGUGGACUACGUCUCCAAAUGGGUCGAGGCAAUCGCCUUUCCCAACAAUGAAGUAAGGAGUGUGACCGCAUUCUUGAAGAAGAACAUAUUCACGCGGUUUGGUACCCCCAGGGCCAUCCUUAGUGAUGGUGGAUCUCACUUUUUCAGCAAGGCUUUCAUUGGGUUGCUCGAAAAGUAUAGCGUAAAGCACAAGGUGGCCACACCUUAUCAUCCUCAGUUGAGUGGUCAAGUUGAAUUGGUUUUUGGUAAGGCGUGUCACUUGCUAGUGGAGCUUGAACACAAAGCCAUGUGGGCAUUGAAAAAUUUGAAUCUCGAUUGGGCCGAAGCUACUAACCUAAGAAUGACACAACUCAAUGAGAAUGAAGAAUUCCAUCUUCAUGCCUAUGAGAGUGCAGCCAUGUAUAAGGAGAGAAUGAAAUUUGUUCAUGACAAGAAGAUUUUGAAGCGGGAAUUCAGAUCUAGAGACUUGGUCUUACUCUUCAACUCAAGACUCAAGUUAUUUCCGGGCAAACUCAAAUCCAAAUGGUCUGGCCCGUUCAAAGUUGUGAGUGUGUCUCCCUAUGGUGCUAUUGAAUUGGAGUCGGAGGAUGGAACUCGAACUUUCAAAGUGAAUGGUCAACGAGUCAAGCAUUACCUCGGUACCAUAGGAGAAAGGCAUUUAAUAGAACAAUUUGCUCUAAAGGAUAGUCCAACACCAGCACCCACCACUAAGUAG